AUGUUCAAGACGGCGGCACCGGCAAGAGUGCCGACUGACACUGUUAUCCCUCUCCACUUCUUUGACGACACCCCCCUUUGGAGAGCUUUCAUCCUCUAUUCUAUGUUCGUAUUCGAUGAUGUUUUGGACUCUCAAAAGCUUCGGCACAGUCUUGAAGCAUUGGCAUUGAAAGAUGGAUGGCGCAAACUUGGCGCUCGCCUGCGAAGUAAUGCUAAAGGACAGCUCGAAUACCAUGUUCCGGUCAAAUUCUCUGCUGAACGCCAAGUAUUGGCAUAUUCUCAUGCUACACACAACAUAAAUGCCGCAGACCACCCUAUUGCUGCACAUUUACCGAAGCCUUCACCACGGCCAGCCACAGUCUGCGAUCCCGAUGAGUUUCGCAGCUUGUUCCAGCGCGACGGUGCUCCAUCAAAGCUCGAUGAUUAUCUCAAAGGUGAUAUCCCUCAGCUAGGCCUUCACAUUGUAUCUUUCAAGGAUAAAACUCUGGUCUGCCUGUAUUGGCCGCAUACUCUGAUGGACGCAAUGGGAAAGAGCACUCUUCUCGAGGCUUGGUCUUUAAUGCUUCAGGGACGAGCAGAUGAGAUUGUCACCCCUCAAGGCACUGAUAUCGACCCUCUAGCAGAUCUAGGCAAGAAUCCUACAGAGUCACACAAGCUGGUAAACCAGCGCUUAUCGAUGUUUGGUUUGGCACAAUAUGGUGUUUCCAAUAUCUUAGACUUCUUCCAUAAGCAGGAGAACCGCAUGGUCUGCGUCCCUGGAUCUUUCAUGGCGAAAAUCCGUAAAGAAGCCAUGGCUGAGCUCGAGAUGGCUGCGAACUCUGACCAGGGCACAUUCUUGAGCGAAGGGGACGUCCUUUGCGCUUGGUGGACUCGACUCGCAAUUUCUCAACUACCACGAACUUCCAAAAGAACAGUCGUCCUCAACAAUGCCUACUCUCUGCGUAAACCACUUUCAAAAGACUUGCUACCCAGCAACGGUGGCCCUUACAUUUCGAAUGCCAUUGGAUUCCUGAACGUUUUGCUGCCGGUAAAUGAGAUCUUCAGCAAGCCUCUCAGUUAUGUUGCGCUUGCUAUUCGGAAUGCUAUCAAUCAGCUUGGUACACGGGCACAGGUCGAAGCAUUUGCCUCUAUGUGGCGCGAGUCAAGUAGUACGAAACUGCCGCCCUUCUUCGGUAAUAGUGGAAUGCACAUGAUCACUUUCUCGAAUUGGAGCAAGGCGAGACUAUUUGAGACGGAUUUUUCUGCCGCUGUAAUCACGCCUGGAAAUGGAUCUGGGAGGAAACCUGGAAGGCCAUCGUAUAUACAGAACAAUCAGUUUGGACUUGUGCUUCCGAACGGAUUCCCCAUCAUCGGUAAAGAUGCUGAAGGCAAUUAUUGGUUAUCUGGAUACAUGAAUAAAGGCCAAUGGGCGAAAAUUGAAGAGCAACUGGCUCAAGAGCGUUUGGUUUGAUAUUGUGGGACACUGGAAAUGUCGACCAACGGAAG